CUGAGAUGCGGCGGUUCGUCGGGCUCGCUUGAUGGGGAGAAGAGAGGCAAGCCACCAGCCAAUGGGCUUGCACUGCUAGUUCUUUCUAGAUCAGACCAACCUCAUAGCAGCUACUCUCUAGGCUUGUUCGGAGUUUUGUGUUCCUCUGCGCUUUUAUUAGCUGCUGCUUGCUACUCGGGCUCGCAACGCAACUCGCGGCUAUCUUGCUGUGCUGUCGAGUUACUCGGUACCAGUGGCCCUCACAAAACCCUAGUCACGCCGAUUGCUGGGUUUCGAGUUCCCAAGGGGAGAGCUGACGUCGACGGAACACCGAAUCCGCCGGCAAACGUCGUCAGUGAAGAGCGCGAAGGGUCGCAAUGUUGGCGAACGCGAUGAUCCAGUCCACCGGCAAAUGCGCCGCCACUCAGGCGGCGCUGCUCGCGGGAGAGCCCGUUCUGAGAGGCUCCACGUCAGCACCGGCGUCUCUUUCACCCGCCACGUGGCUGCCGCUGGGCCGCUCGGGGCCCAUUCCUGGAGCGCCACGUGUCGCGAGGGCGGCGGGGACGAGACGAGCGGCGGUUGUGGCGGCGGCAGGAGGAAACAGAGGGAACGAUACGACUAGCAGAGUGUCUUCGUCUUCCUCCCAGCAGCUGCUGCUGGCGUCGGUGUCGCAGUCCACGUCAGCACCUGCAGGCGCACCGCAGUCCUCGUCCUACCCGGGCACGCCUCUCAUGUGGGUGGGCGUGGGAGUGGCUCUCUCCCUCUUCGCCUCCUGGGGUUCCAAGUUCGUCAUGCAACGCAUGCAGCAAGCGAUGAUGAAGCAGAUGCUCAACGCCAUGCAAGGCGGAGGGGGAGCGGGCGGCGCGGCCAAUCCGUUUGCGGCAGCUGGCAUGGGAGGAGCAGGUGCCAACCCCUUUGCUGCCAUGGGCGGCGGCGCAGCAGCCAACCCCUUCGCUGGGAUGCCCUUCCCCCACCGCCGCCACCAUCAGCAUCCCCAUCAUCACCGUCCUCCUCCUCCUCUAGUCCGUCCAAGGCCAAGCCGUCGUCUUCCUCCAAGGCGUCUGCAGAGCUCCAUGGUAGAUGUGGCAGCACAGGUGGCGGACGCCAAGCCGGCAUCUGCUGCUGCUGCUGUGCCUUCCUCUGCCACUGCCAGCACCAGCAGCACCAGCAGCACCAGCAGCCCUACCUCGUCUUCCUCUGCACCAGCAGCGGAGGCAGAGAGCAGCAGCAAGAAGAAGAGCUUCUUCCAAGAUGCUGAGGUGGUGGAGGAGCCAUCUGGGGGAGGCUUUUCCUGGGACAAGAGCAACACCAGCACCAGCAACGCCGCGUCGUCCGCCUCCAACGCCACGUGGGACACGAGCACCAACUCUUUCGCCAACGCUGGGUCAUCUGGUGGGGCCAAGGGCAAGAUGACUGUGGAGGCGCUGGAGAAGAUGCUGGAAGACCCUAUGGUGCAGAAAAUGAUCUUCCCCUAUCUGCCCGAGGAGAUGCGAGAUCCCGCCACCUUCAAAUGGAUGAUGCAGAGCCCCAUGUACCGCCAGCAGCUAGAGGGCAUGCUUGACAACAUGGGCGGCACGGGCUUUGACGACCGCGUGCUGGACAUGAUGAAGAGCUUCGACCUCAACAGCCCGGAAGUCAAGGACCAGUUCUCCCAACUGGGAAUGUCACCAGAGGACGUGGUCUCGAAGAUCAUGUCCAACCCCAAGCUCGCCUCCGCCUUCCAAAACCCUCGCCUGCAGGCAGCCAUCCUCGACGUGUCGGCCAACCCUCUCAACUGGACCAAGUACCAAAACGAUGCUGAGGUGAUGGAAAUCUUCAACCAGAUUCAGGAGCUCUUUGCGCCCCGUUGAUGUCUUUGUUUCGCAAUUCUCUCUCCCAUCCCCCCCACAUUUUCCUCGAGAUACCACUAGGUGCAUGUUCCUUCUACCUUAGUGUUACCCGUUGGGGCGAAAGGAACAACCUAGUUACUCUAGGCUACUAGGUUACCUGUUCGUUUGUACCAACCUUUGACUGCACAACUGUAGCCAGGAUAAAUGGUAGCUUACACUUCACGUCUAGAUUAAUGAUAGAUGACGCCCAAUAACUAGUACUAUGUUGGUGCACCCAAGAUGCAAUUUGACACUCUCUUCAUCAAC